AGUAAUAUUUUAUUUGUAACGGUUGGUCACACUGGAAGUAGGUGAUCCUAACCUCUCGCCGCGUGGUUCAUUGAAAAGUUAUUAACCUGCUGUCGUUUUUAAUUUAAAAUAAUCAAAUUUUAUCACCAUGUACGACGAAUAUGAGCGUGAACAGUAUGACACCGGUGAGGAAUAUGCUCUACAAGAAGAUGUCGAACCCUAUAACAGUAGAAAUUACAGAGCUGUACAAGUUCCCGACAAGGUCAAUAAAUUCCUGGUCUAUUUUAGAAAUUGCAUCAACGAAAGCAUGAUAUUUGAGGUGCAAAAUCUUUACGAGAAUACAUUUCCAAAAUUAACUGAACAGUAUUUCAAACAAGAAUCAUGGCCCGAUGAGAGUGCUAUUGCACACAUAGUUGACAAUGAUGUAGUCUUCCUGAUUCUCUAUAAAGAAUUGUACUAUCGUCAAAUAUACGCAAACAAGCAGGGACCAACGCUUGACCAACGUUUUGGAUCUUUCUACAAUUAUUGUGAUUUAUUUAAUUAUAUUCUUAAUUCCGAUACUCCGGUUCAAUUGGAAUUGCCCGAUCAAUGGCUUUGGGAAUUAAUUGACGAAUUUGUUUAUCAAUUUCAAUCGUUCACACAAUUUCGUGCCAAUCUCACUAGCAAGGACACUGACGAACUAACAAGUUUAAAUGCGCACAAUAAAGUUUGGGAUGUUCUCUGUAUAUUGAAUGUUCUUCAUUACUUGGUGGACAAAUCGAAAAUAAAAAGCCAACUUGAAGUCUAUGCAAGUGGAGGUGAUCCUGAUUCAGUCGCUGGAGUUUUUGGCCGACAUUCACUUUACAAAAUGUUGGGAUAUUUUUCAAUUGUCGGCUUGCUGAGACUUCAUUCGCUUCUUGGCGAUUAUUAUCAAGCAAUCAAAGUUCUUGAGAAUGUUGAAUUGUACAAGAAAAAUGCUUAUUCUCACGUACCAGGAUGUCAAAUUUCAACUGCUUAUUAUGUUGGAUUCGCUUACAUGAUGAUGCGCAGAUACGCUGAUGCAAUUCGAACUUUCUCAAGUAUUUUGCUCUACAUUCAAAGAACCAAGCAACUCUUCUCAUCGCCAAGUUAUCAAAAUGAUCAAAUUAAUAAACAAACCGAUCGUAUGCUGGUACUUUUGGCAAUUUGCUUAGUUCUUCAUCCACAAUGCAUUGACGAAGGAUUAACGCAAUCUCUUCGUGAAAAGGGUUAUCAUGAUAAAAUGUACAAGAUGCAAUGCGGUGAUCUCAAGGAAUUUGAGACUAGUUUUACAUUCGCGUGUCCCAAAUUCCUAUCAUUAUUGCCACCACCUAAUGGAAAGAAUUACGAAUAUGGAAAAGACGCGAUUAAACAUCAGACUCAAGUAUUUAUGGAUGAAGUUGUUCAACAAAAAAUAUUGCCCACAAUUCGUUCUUAUUUGAAACUUUACACAACAUUGCCAUUGACGAAACUCGCGACUUUCAUUUGUAGUUCACGAGCAGAUGAUGAUUGGGAUCUUGAUAAGGAAGUGAACACUUUAACCAUUCAAUUACUUUGCUUCAAGCACAAAAUGAAAAAUAUUGUUUGGUCAAAAGGCGCAUCAGGAUUAGACGGUAGAUUCCAGUCCGGUUCCGAGUUGGACUUUUAUGUCGAUCACAAUAUGAUUCAUAUUGCUGAUACAAAAGUCGCUCAUCGCUAUGGUGAUUUCUUCAUUCGUAAAAUUCUCAAAUUCGAGGAAUUGAAUCGCAAAUUGCAUCAUAUAAAAAUCUGAAUAUUGCUAAUAAUUUUGUAUUUUACUAAUUCAAAAAAAAAAAAGGUAAAGAAAUAAAAGGAUAAAGAAUUUUACUUAAAUUCAUUUUCUGUCCUAUUGUAAUAAAUAAUUAUUAUCUUUCCUAAUUAUUUAUUAUUUUCUAAAUUUGUGACCAUAAUAUUGUAUCAUUUGUACUAAUUCAAAGUAAAGAAAUUAAAGUGUAAUGAAUUUUA